AGUAUUGCUGCAGUUGUGGUUUGAGUUCAAGCAUGCUAACAUGAAAAGGGCACAGGAGGAGAGCAGUGGAUAAGCAGCAACAGGACAAUCAGACAUUUAGGGCUUCAUGUGUACAAUAAAAUAAUAUAACGAGAGAGGGAAGGAUAUCUGGACUCCUACGGGUCUGUAGAGUCAGCGUAAGCCCCAUCAGGCUAAACUUCACUGUGAGAUUCCAAAAUCACUCAACACAACUGAAGGAAGGAGGCAAGGUCAGCAUUGGUGUGAAAAAGCCUUAUUGACUACUGCAGUGGCGGGGCAGGAGCACACAACUCAGGAAGAUGGCAUCACCCUUUGUGCCUGUCCCUGUGCCCAUGGACAGAGCCCUGUCAGGUGGUAGCAACAAGCUGCGACGACCACAGCGAGCUUCUUCACUAGGGAGCGUCUCCAGCAGCUCGGAGUCCUCGUCCUCUAUCAUCAGGAUGGCUGGGGAGGACCACGGAAGAGAACGUGGCGGCUUAGGUUCCCAGCGUCCGUCUCGUUGCGUAGACAGAGCCGUACGCAGCCGGACGCCGCCGCCCCUCCAAAGCCCUGUGACACAUGCUCGGGUAAACGGGACACUGGAGCCUUCUGUAGAGUACUCAAGCUGCCCUCGCUCCAUAUCGGAUCCUGCUGGCAGUCAGCAAAUUGAGGAGAGACCUAUCACGCCCACGGUGCUGGGGUAUGAGGUCAUGGAGGAGAGGGCCAAGUUCACGGUAUAUAAAGUCCUGGUCAAGAAGACUCCAGAUGAGAGCUGGGUUGUUUUUAGAAGGUACACAGACUUCUCCAGGCUCAACGACAAGCUGAAAGAGAUGUUUCCAGGCUUUCGCCUCUCACUGCCUCCUAAGCGCUGGUUCAAAGAUAACUAUGACAGCGACUUCCUGGAAGACAGACAGUUGGGACUGCAGGCUUUUUUGCAAAACUUGGUUGCACACAAGGACAUCGCCAACUGCCUGGCAGUGAGAGAGUUUCUGUGUCUUGAUGACCCGCCUGGGCCUUUUGAUAGUCUGGAGGAGAGCAGGGCGUUCUGUGAGACUCUAGAAGAGAGCAACUAUCGUCUCCAGAAGGAGCUGCUUGAGAAGCAGAAAGAGAUUGCAUCACUGAAAAGGAGGCUGGAGGAGAGGGAGCGGGCAAUCCUAGUACUGGAGAAGCACAUCAAUGGUGAGUGUGUGAGCCCUGAGUCUCCAUUUGGUUUGUCAGCUCAGGGCAGUGAAAGCAGUGCAGAUGUGGACGUGGAAUCAUCCGCUGCAGAGGCUGAUCAGGACAUGCCUGACGACACUGGCAGUGCUGCCCCAAUCUGAAAAAAGAGCCCCAUAACAUGUGAGUGGCAGGUGUGAGAUCCAGCCGGUGCGAUCCUCUGCAUGUUGGUGCGGGCCGUCACUCAGCGUCUCUCCUCCGGUCAUCCAGGUCACGCAGCUUUACCACAAGGAGCUGGAACACUAAUGCUGAACCCUGGGCCUCCUCGUCUUCCUCUUCCUCCUUGCCUGCUACACCACUCCACAUUUCACAUGCUGGAGUAGUACUCAGUACCCGAUUUCUGUUUUUUCAUUCUUCUUUUUGACUUCACUGCUGCCCCCUUUCAUCACAUCGCGUCUUUCCACCUUCCGGAUCGUAGCCGCUCUUUCACCCUUCAUUAUCGGAGUUGGAUCUGAUACAGCGUUUCCUUCUAGAUCUGUGUAUAGAGUUAGGAGGGUAAUAUAGCGGAACAGGCUUUUCCGUGGGUCAAGGGAUGUUUUUUCUGGCACCGACAGAAGACAACGAAGGCCAUGAAAACCUGAGACUACGUUGGUCUUACUUCAAAUUUAUGGGAAGUUUUGGCCCCAAGUUAACCUUGGACCUCCUGUUGUGGCUGCUAGAUUGGAUCAAGUUGAUCCUGCAGGCACAAAGCCAAAGUUUGGCUUCUUGACCAAAAAAUAAAUAAGGUGAAGCCACUGGUUUGAUGGCUUUCAAAAUUGUGACAAUCUACGGAAAACGUGGACCGUCGUCUCAUCAGUUCCUGCAGGUCUACAUUGCCUUAUGGCUCGUCACUUGUGACAAGAAGCCAUCUUCUCAAGCUACAGAAACAACACCCCCAUGUGGUUAUAGAAACAAGUCUGGAUAAAUAAAAAGUCAGAUUCAGAAUAAGCAUUGGUAGCCAGGUGGGUAUCACAGAAACAGUGGUCAUUUUCUGUUUGCAUUGCUCAGUACUGCCAUUAUCACUCACUGAAAGAGUCAGACCUCCUUUCUAGAGAAACUUCAAUGUGUUUUCACUAUAAGUCAGACUCAGUUUGCGUCUGAAAGCAUACAUUCCCUCAUGUUUUUAGUGCUAUGCGUGAUUUGUGGUAAACCAAGGCCUAUGAGUGACACUGAAAUCUAUAACAUACUGUUCAAAGACAGAGCCAAGGUAUGCGAUGGCCAGUGUGCACUCCCAUUUCCCCAUCACAUUCCAGCAUAUACACACAUGCAUCUGGAUAACACAGAAAUGGUUCGCUUCUGGGCAUUGAUUAUGGCAAUUUAGGUUAGCUAUAUAAAUAUUUACAACAGACCUCCUCUGGCACCUUUCCUCUUAGGGUGGAGAUUGGGCCUGGACUAUGGUUUUAUGGCACGUGCAUGAUGAAAGGAUAAGUGGACUUAGUUUGCAAAAAGAUACGCUUAUCUACUCACCUCAACACGUGUGUGGCCAUGUAAUUUUAUUUUUUUCUGCUGAAGAUUUUGAAGUGUACUUCAAAGAGUUCUGCUUCGAUUCCGAUACAAUUCAGGGGAAUAGAAUUUUGUUCAAAAUAUUUGACAUGUUAAUCGUUUUCAGUAAAAAUUAUGAGGGCAAGAGUUUUGUGUAAUUGAGUAACCUCCCUUGUACUGGGGUUGCAGAAGAAACUUGAGAACCAGAAGUCUUAAAAUCCCAGCAGAUAAAACUAAAACUAGCUACAUGAUAAAAUACCCCUCAGAGUAAGUUUUGUAAUUUCAGUGAAAUGUACCCUUUAAGAGACUGGAUGUAUUCAUUUUAAGACAAACCUCACCUGCAGUUAAGAAAUGCAGAAGGAAGUUUCCACAGUGGUGCUUAUAUUCCUGAAAUAAUCCAGAGGUUGUAACCUGUAGACUAAUGAACUCCAAUUCUGAGAGAAGGGUAAAAUUAGAACUCCUUUUACCCACACAGCCUUGGUUUGAAGGCCAUUAAAGAUAAGAAGUUAAACCACCACACCGGUGUUUCAGGAAGAACUGGGUGCCAUAGGUAACUGAAAAACACAAUCCGCCUUGUUGGCUCUGUGUCUGCAUUAGGACUGUUACCAGGUAAAGAAAUCAUCCACAAAAGCCAUAUUUUUAGACCUAAUUAACACUUGAGAGGUUUCUCAUGUGGUAGUGUGUGCUGACCAGCUGCUGUUUUCAUGCUUUGAUGAUAAGUUAUCGAAGCGUAUGAUAGCCACAGCUAGUGCUGAAUUGUCUCAAAAGCCGGCCUGCAGAAGGUUGUGUGAUGCACUUUAUGGAUGAAUGGCAACCUGUAAUGUUUGCUAGGAUGUUGUUUUCACUACUUGUCCUGAGACAGAAACAUGCCUUUUCCAUCACUAAAGCUGUCUGGGUUCCCAACUGGAUUUAAUAUGUUGAUUUUUUUGAGUUGUGUUCAGAUCUUAUGUAAAUUUCCUUCUCGCUAAGUCUAAGUGCCUUAAAUAUGUUUUAUUUUGAUGUGUCUGAAUAGCUUUAUAGGUUUGUGUCGAACAUGAAACAUAUCCACUAUGUGUCUCUAAUGGAAAUAUUGUUUUAAAUAAUGCACCUAUGUAUAUGUUGCUUGGAAUAGACUGAAAAUGACAUUUUUUUGUAAUAUUACAUGAAAUAAUAUGGAGUCUUAGUUCAGAUAUACACCGACAGUUGCACUAUAAAACCUUUAUAUGGAUGACAUUUGGUAUCACCUGUAAUGCCCCAGUCUUAAAGGGAUAAUUCACUCAGUAAUUAGAAAAUGUAUACUGUAGAUACGGUUACACUUGAUAUAGCAGAGAUGUU